UUUAAUUGUAUUAUCCGCAUUAUAUAUACGAUGGGCAAUUAAUAUUCCACCUAAGUUCAGAACUAUCCCAACCAAAACAGCUUCUCCAAGCUUCAAGAGAAAACAGAAUCUAUAACACUUGUCCUUAUAUAGCAAAAAUGUGUGCAUUAGUACCUCCAUUGUUCCCAAACUUUGGGUGGCCAUCAACGGGAGAGUACAACAGCUACUACCUGACGGGAGAUAACCUCAACAAUGGCGGAUUUCUUGAUUUUCCGGUACCGGAGGAGACUUAUGGAGUGGUUACGGCGGUGGCUCAUAAUCAGAACAGCUUUGGGGGUUCUGUAUCGUCGGAGGGAAAUGAAAUAGGCAACAAUCCGGUCGUGAUCAAGAAGCUUAAUCACAAUGCCAGUGAGCGUGACCGUCGGAAGAAGAUCAACUCGUUGUUCUCAUCUCUCCGUUCUUGUCUUCCGGCUUCCGAUCAAUCGAAGAAGCUAAGCAUUCCUGCAACGGUUACUCGAAGCUUAAACUACAUACCAGAGCUGCAAGAUCAAGUGAAGAAGCUAAUCAAAAACAAGGAAGAGCUCUUGAUGCAAGUAUCAGGUCAAAUAAACAUUGAAGAUUACGUUAAGCCGCAACCAAAGGCGGUCGCGAGUUAUGUCUCGACCGUUUCUGCGACUAGGCUUGGAGACAACGAAGUGAUGGUCCAAAUCUCAUCGUCCAAGAUUUACAACUUUCCAAUAUCUAAUGUGUUAAGCGGGUUAGAAGAAGAUGGGUUUGUUCUUGUGGAUAUGUCAUCUUCAAGGUCCCAAGGGGAAAGGCUUUUCUACACUUUGCAUCUACAAAUGGAUAAGAUCGAAAAUUACGAGCUGAAUUGUGAAGCGUUAAGUCAGAGGAUGUUGUACUUGUAUGAGGAAUGUGGAAACUCAUCAUUAAGAUGAUAAUAUGUUCUUGUUUCGUUUUAGUUAUGUCGUUCUUUUCUUUUCAAAACCUAACAUUCUUGAAGUCAAAGCGUUGUAGUCGAGUUGUUUCGGUUUUUUUCGGUCGAAGUCAGUGAUCGAUUAUGACAUGCUUUGAGUAGACUGAUUGAUUUCUACUACGAUU